CUUCAUGGCGCUCGCCGGCGCCGCUGGUGACGUCACGGUCGGGCCCCAGGGCGUUUUCAAGGUCUGCGCGAGGGAGGAGCGGCCCUUAGCACCCGCGCGGGGGCGACCCGAUGAAAAAAGUGACUUCCAAGCACUCUCCGCCCAGGUGCUUCGGUGGGGGCGCGCCCCCGCAAGGGCCGCUGGUUGCUAUGGACGCAGCUGCGCCCGCUGGCGGGCGGGGUCGCGGGGGUGUGCCCCACGGCUUAGUUAUCCCAGGUCCCGGCGGAGCAGGGCCACGCUCUCGCCGGACGGUACCAUGAAGCCUCUAAAGAAGGAAUCCCGCCUCAGAAUACCUCCAAACAGAUUCUUGGAGGCCGCAGAGAGCCUAAAAGAAAAAAAGCGGGCAAAGGUACCUGAACAGCUCACACCCCCCAUUCAGGAAGAACCUGAGCCUGUUAGCAAUGUCCUACAAGGAGAUGACAUUCUUGCAUUAGCCAUUAAGAAGGAAGACUUGAAGAUGCAACACAUUCCUCGCUUUAUUGAAACAGAAGAUAAGCAUGCCAUUACCCAGAAAUUUAUCAUCCGUAAACCCAAACCCAGGGAUCCUAGGAGGAAGGUCUGCCACUUCGUAGCCCAUCCUGCUAUUCCAGAUGCAGCCACAAAGCCCCUGGAUUACUCCGGUCCAGGUGACAGUUUCCAUGGCAGUGACCAGAUCCUUCCCCACCACAUCUUGGGGAGUCUCCAGGACUUUAAGAGAAUUGCAGUUGCUCGAGGGAACACCCAGCUGGCUGAGCUGAUACACACUCCUUCCUGUCUGAUGACCCUCAUCUCAGCUACAGAAGAGCAGAAGCAGACAGCCCCAGAAGAAGAGAAGGCACAUCCCUGGGCCCCACCUCCCCAGCACAACUUUCUGAAAAACUGGCAGCGCCAUGUAGCCCUGCGAAAGAGGCAGCAGGAAGCCCUCAGUGACCGCCUGAAGAAGCCUGUUGGUGAGUUGCUGAUGCAUAUAGGGGAGACCUACAGACAGACCCAGGAAGAGCGGGAGCUCAUUGACCGAGCGCUUCCAACGCAGCAUGAUGGGAAGUGCUGUGAUGAGACCAGUGGGUUCUGGAGUCGACUGGAAUACUUGGGAGAUGAAAUGACGGGUCUGGUAAUGACGAAGACAAAAGCGCAGCGUGGCCUCCUGGAACCAAUCACACACAUCAGGAAGCCACACUCCGUUCAGGCGGAGAUGGGAUUGCUGGCCCAGAAGGAUGCUUGGUACCGCUACACCUGGGAUCGGAGUCUGUUUCUGAUUUACCGACGCAAGGAGCUGCAGAGCAUCAUGGCAGAGCUGGAUUUUAGCCAGCAGGAUAUUGAUGGCCUGGAGGUGGUGGGCAGCGGGCAGCCUUUCUCGACUGUUUCAGUGGAAGAGUUUUCAGUGAUUGAAGAGAGCCAGAAAAGUUCCUCUGAAGACACAGUGAGCUUAGACUUAUUGGCCAGUUACCCUGAUAUGGUCCCCAUGCCUGUGCUCGGCCCUUCUCUUCUAUUCUGCGGGAAGCCAGCUUGCUGGAUCAGAAGCAGUAACCCACAGGACAAGAAGCAAGUUGGAAUUGCUGUCCGCCUGACCUUUGAAACUCUAGAAGGGCAGAAAACAUCUUCAGAACUGACGGUAGUCAAUAACGGCACUGCAGCCAUUUGGUAUGACUGGCGGAGGCCGUCCCAGCCGGACUCUUUCCAAGACCUAAAGAGAUACAGGAUGCAGCGGUUCUACUUUAACAAUCGGGCAGGUGUGAUCCUGCCUGGAGAAACAAAUACCUUUACCUUCUUCUUCAAGUCUUUGAAUGCUGGGAUCUUCAGGGAAUGUUGGGAGUUUGCAACCCACCCCACCCUGUUAGGAGGUGCUGUCCUGCAGGUCAAUCUCUACGCAGUCUCCUUGGCCCAGGACAUUUUUAUGGAUGACAGGAAGUUACUGGAGAACAAGCUGGCUUCCCACGAAGCGGUCACCAUUGUGCAGAGCGUGCUGCAGGAGCUGCUGGGGGGGAUCCAGACCCCAGAGCGUGUGCAGUCACCUGUGGAUACCUAUCUCACGGAGGAGGACUUGUUCCACCACAGGAAUCCUCAGCUGCAUUACCAGCACCAAGUGGUGCAAGGCCUGCACAGACUGUGGUACCAGUAUGUGACCCUACCCCCGAAGGCCGAGGCGGCUAGGCCAGGUGAGGAGGAGCACCUCAGCCCCUGGGCCCGGGCAGCUAUGGCCCAGCCAGCCUAUUUAGAGAACACGUCCAUGAACAUCGAGUCUUCGGCCGUGGAAUCCCAGCUGCCCCAGCAGGACUCCCUCAGGGACUCCCAAGAUUCUUUCAGGUCCAAGAAGACCAGAGUGGGGCUCAGGAGUUCUCGGGGAAAGAGCAUCAUGGAGGAGAUCCUGGUGGAGGGGAGCCCAGACCUGGAGAACGCCAAGAGCCCCUGGGAGCUGGAGGGCUGUCCCCUGCCCAAGUGGAACCUCUGCUUGGAGGACUUCAGAAAGGCAGUGAUGACACUCCCUGAGGAGAACCAGAGAGAAGAUGCCCUAAUCAGGCUCAACAAAGCAGCGCUGGAGCUGUGCCAGGAACAGAGGCCAUUGCAGUCCGACUUCCUGUACCAGAUGUGUUUGCAGCUGUGGCGGGAUGUGAUUGACAGCCUAGUGAGCCAUUCCCUGUGGCUGAGGGCUCUGCUGUGCCUUCCCGAGAAGGACACCAUCUAUUUGGACAUGCCAGAAGGGCAAGAUCGAAAAUCACCUUCUAUCGUGGAAGUGAAGAUGACUUCUGGGAGAGCUGGGAAGGAGGACCGGAAAGGGGCAAGCCAGGAAAAGAAGCAGUUGGGAAUCAAAGACAAAGAAGAUAAAAAAGGAGCCAGGCUGUCAGGGAAAGAGGACCGUUUAAACAGCAAGAAACACAAGGCAAAGGAUGACAGGAAACCUAUGAAAUCUUUAAGUCGGGACAGGCUUUUCUUGGAAGACCCUACCCCUGAGAGCACCACCCCUUCUCAGGAACCCAUGGAUCCCCUGGUCAUGGAGAAAUACACCCAGAGGCUGUACAUUGAGGUCUAUGGGCUGCUGGACACUCUGGUGACCGACCUGAUGGCCCUGGCUGAUGAGCUCAGUCCCAUAAAGAAUGUUGAGGAACCUUUGCGUCUUUGCACCUGACUCCUGUGCCUAAGAAGCUUUCUGGGCAACCGGUUAGCAAACAAAUCAAUAAAGAACCUUUAGGUUCCUACCAUUUCCAUCAUGCCUUUUGUCUUGAAUGCCAGCUCUUGAUGAGGUCAGCUCAUGGCUCAGGUCCUCCCAUGUCCCACCUGCCCUCAGAUCCCCCACACACCUUGUCCCAGUUCCUGAAGUCAUCCAGGAGGAGGAGAGUUGAUGUGUGGGAUGAUAAACUGAAGAGCAAGUUGGUAACAGGACAAGGAAUGAGUCAGAUGACAGGACAGACAGCGUCAUCCCUCAUAGUUUCUGCCUCUGGCCCUCUUUGGCCCACAUUUUUAGCGUCAUGCUUCCUGGAGCCAGGUCUUCUCCAAGUGUCAUCACUAAGUACGACCAAGUAUGAGACUAGGGGAACUAGACCCCAUGGGACCUGGCUCCCUGAGAUCCUCCUACUGCAGCUGAGUCCAAGGGCCCUGUCCAUAUCUGAGGAUCAUGCUCAUCACACUGUUAACCCCUAGAGGCUGGAAACCUUUGCCCUUGGCCAGAGGUUAUUAUUUUGGAUUCUUACCUGUCAUCCCCCUCCUCAUGUCAAACCAUCUGACCUCUUUCAGCCAUUUUUCUGCCUUAAAACCAGCCUCAACUUUAUGCUCCCUGCCUUGCUCAGAGACAUGUGAAGUGGGGAAAAGAUGGAUCUUGGAAAGAAAGGUACUGUCAGCUCAAACUCAGUACCACAAUUGUUUUCUGUCAGUAAUCAUUAUCCUGGGUUACGCUUCCUGUGUGGAGUAGGCUCUAGCCUCCCAGAGUUUGAAGAUCAACUUUGCCAAUGGUGGACUUAUUGCCUUAAGUGCUGAUGGAGCAGAGGUAUGUGGGUGGGAGACUGGGGGAGUAGCCACAGUCUCCCACCCAUUUGGUGCUUCUGAUAAGGACCUCAUGGGCCUCAAGCAUCCUCCCCUGUUGAGACAGGGGAAGAGGAGGUUUGCUGAGAGCAGAACAUAUUGUGUUGGAGAGGCAGAGGGGGCUGUGCCUGGAGUCCUGAUGCCCCUGUCCGGGUGGCGAAGGGGGAGCUGGGAGCUCACAGAAGGGCCAGCCGCUG